UCAAGUGUAAAUAUAACAACUAAAGAGCAAAGAAACUGUAAAACAUAUUGAGUUAAGAUGUGCAACUACUGCGAAAGUAUGAAGAAUGCUUCUAAACCAGACGUCUGUAAAAGUCUUUUCCUGUUCCGUGCGCAGUGAUAGGCUCAUCAAUGUUUCGAGUUAUGCGGCUUCCCGUCUGCCUGUCGCCAGUUUUACAAUACUGGAGAAAUUUUCAGCCCCUGGCUCAACGCCGAAAUUGAGAGGAAAAUAAUUUUUAUCCUCUUUCCCGCCUCAAAAUCUACCUCAAGGAUUAUCAGACACGUCGAAAGGUGAAGUUUGAUCGAAGAACUGAACUAUACUCUUCGAGACAGAGUCUGGAGGAUUGACUCCCUUGGAGAGAUGUCCUCUCCUAUAUCUAGUCUCAACAGCCUCUUCUCCUUUACAAGCCCGGCUGUCAAACGGCUUCUGGGUUGGAAGCAGGGAGAUGAGGAAGAAAAAUGGGCAGAAAAGGCUGUGGACUCCCUUGUCAAGAAAUUAAAGAAGAAAAAAGGGGCUCUUGAAGAUCUUGAGAAGGCCUUAAGCUGCCCUGGACAGUCCAGUAAAUGUGUGACGAUCCCUCGCUCACUUGAUGGGCGAUUGCAGGUGUCCCACAGAAAGGGGUUGCCCCAUGUUAUCUACUGCAGAGUGUGGAGAUGGCCAGACCUACAGAGCCAUCAUGAACUUAAGCCACUAGAGUGCUGUGAAUAUCCAUUUAGUGCUAAACAGAAAGAAGUUUGCAUCAAUCCAUACCAUUACAAGCGGGUUGAAAGUCCAGUACUGCCUCCAGUUCUGGUCCCAAGGUACAGCGAGUUUCCAGCAGGACACAAUCCCUCAAGUGGGCUGGCUCCGUUUCAACAAAUGACUGAACCCUCCAUGCCGCAUAAUGUGACGUAUCCCACCAAUUUUCAGCAACACUCGCCGGCCAGCUCUGGACCAAGUAGCCCAUUUGGAUUACCAGCAGACACCCCUCCCCCAGCAUACCAAGCACAUGAUGACAACCCUAGUAAUAACAUCAGCAUGGGUCAGGGAAGUGGAGGUGGUGCUACUCAUCAUCAAGCCAUGGACACGACAAUGCCUUCUCCUACAGAAUGUGCUAUUCCUCUGCGUAAAACAGCCAACGUGCAACCAAUUACCUAUCAAGAACCUCAGUAUUGGUGUUCCAUUGUGUACUAUGAGCUGAACAAUCGAGUUGGACAAGCAUUCAAUGCUUCCCACACAAGUAUUGUCGUUGAUGGUUUCACUGACCCUUCAAACAACGCUGAACGCUUCUGUCUCGGGCUACUCUCCAAUGUCAACAGAAAUUCAACUAUUGAAAAUACACGGCGACAUAUUGGAAAAGGUGUCCACCUGUACUAUGUGGGAGGUGAGGUGUAUGCUGAAUGUCUGAGUGAUACCAGCAUAUUUGUUCAGAGCAGAAAUUGUAAUUAUCAUCAUGGCUUCCACCCAACCACAGUUUGUAAGAUUCCACCAGGCUGUAGUCUCAAGAUCUUCAACAACCAGGAGUUUGCUGCCCUUCUCAGCCAGUCUGUAAACCACGGCUUUGAGGCGGUGUAUGAGCUGACCAAAAUGUGCACAAUUCGCAUGAGUUUUGUGAAGGGCUGGGGAGCCGAGUACCACAGACAAGAUGUGACUAGCACACCGUGUUGGAUUGAGAUUCACCUGAACGGUCCUUUACAGUGGCUGGACAAAGUCCUGACACAGAUGGGCUCCCCUCAUAACCCCAUAUCAUCUGUGUCCUGAAGAACAUUACUCCAACUAUUUAAUAGAGUUUUAUGUAUUAAAACAUACGGUAUAUGUGUUUGUCAAUGUGGCACACAUUUAAUAUCACAUCUCUUGGAUACUGUUAUCAAAUGACUGUUGCUGCCAAGUUUUACUGUCAUGGAAUGAACGAGACCCUCAGCUUUCGAUCUUGCCAUCUACAUGUAGGUUUGGAAAGACGCUUUUCAUUUAACCUGAGGUGAAAGGAACCUUUAUGCAUUCCACUGACCAAGCGAAGUAGAACUUGAGGACUCUUGAAUAUGCAAACCAGCCCACCCAACCCAACGAGCAAUACCAUCCUUUACAUCUGACAGGUGCGCACAGACCAGCUCUGUGUGGAAAUGACAUUGUUUAUGAAGCAUAUGUUUAGUCAGCUCAGCUGAGACUAUAAAUAUAGACAUGAUCCAAUCUCCAUUAUUUUGUGCAUCUGACAUAUUUUGGUCACAAGUAGCAACUUUGUGUAUGUCUGAUUUUGAUCUAAAACUGAAAGUUCAAAUGUAAUGCUCUCUUCAUGAUGUUUUUAACAUGCAUUUUUAUUUUGUGUGUAUCAUAAUUUCACAAGGGAAUGAAUAUUUGUGCUUUUAUUCCCUGGUGCCAUUGACAUUAACAAAGGCUUUUGGAUCAGUCUUAAUAGAUUUUCAGACUGGCAGCUGUUCACAUUUAUGUGUAGAAAUUUGAUUUUUUUUGCCACAGAGGGCAGAAAAAAGACAACUCUAAUCAGCGGAAAUUCAGGUACAAGUCCAUUCAGAUUUUGUAUAGGAAUAUUUGUUAAAGAAGGUGCAUGUUAGUUACCCAGGAUCUUUGCCUAAUCAGAUGCAAAGCUCUUCAGUGGUUGUGUUUAUUUUGGCAGAUCUAAUCAAGCAUGGAGCCUCAAUUGACAGGCUCUAUAGUAUGUUUUUUUUUCAUAUUUCCCUCUCCUAGUUUUCUAAAAUGAAUUGUCUUUGUGUCAUCAAAGUUCAAUUUAACAGAUUGAAAUUAUGUUUCAUGUUCUUUCUACCAGAUUUUAUAUAAAGUUUAUAUGAAAAGUUUUGUUGUUUAGUGUAUAUAGUGUAAAUACGUUCAGCUGUGUGCUUCUGUGACUAGUGUUUGUGCUUUGUUAGUCUUAAUGAAAGCGCAUACCCAGUUCUUAAUCACAUCUUUAGCUUAUGGGCUUAAUAAGUCAAGAAAGCAUCAGUAAGCAUUUUGUAUUGGCUUAGAAACUGUGAUUUUGUAAGAUCUUACCAACCUGCCAGGCACAGUUCUCACAGUGUGCUGCAAAUACAGAAAUAUAUCAUUGUUAUAUGUUCUGGUGGCCAGUGAUUAAAUUUAAUGCCAUAUGUUUGUAGGACCUUCAUAAUUUUUUAUUACUGUAGAGUUGUUCAUGUUGAAAUACGCCUUCAUGAUUUGUUCUGUGGUCAACAAAAUUGUACAGGUUUCAUACACUUGUAUGCAGGUGUAAAUUUUACAAAAUACAUUAUUUGUGUUUGACCACAUUUCAAACAUCAUUGUGAAUUAUGAGAAUGUUAAGUGACAAAAAUACAUAAACAGAAUUAAAGUAAACGCAGAAUGAAAUGUAAGUGACCUGAAAUGUGAGAUUUAUUGCAAGCUGCAGCCAUUUAAAGAUGUUGAAUGAGAAUAACAUGUUGCAUUUCUGUCUUAAGCUGAGAGUAAUAAUUUGAAAUGCCUUUUUAACAUGCUUAACUUUGCUGGUCUAGUGAGAAUGGAAAUCAGUGUUGGUCAACAGCAUAAUAUAACACCUAUUAUAAUCAUUGCAUAGUCUAACAAGUAGUUUUAGGCUAGUGCCAGAUGCUAACUGACCAGCCAACACCCUGGUCAAUCUUUUUGCCUCCGGGUUUGACCAUCUGCAAUCCCUCCAUACAAGUAUAAGAAUCUCCAGACCUUGCACUUGUUAAAUGGAACACCCAGUGUCUGCAAACAGAGCAAAAGAAACCCCCAUCUACUCCUUGAUUUGCCAAAUCAAAUUGAGUUGUCAUAAUAUUUUGAUUGCUGGGAAGUAUUUAGGAUUUCAGGGAAAACUAUUGUAUGUGAAUGUAACCUCUGUGUACUUUUGUGUGGGUAUCUUUGAUGUCAACAUAUAGUGCUUGUUGCUACUUGGUUUAACAAAUACAUAUAUCUGUGGUGUUGAACAAGUGCUUGCUUUUCGUCUAAUCUCUCUGUUUCAUCCUCCCACUGACAAGACAACAUUCAUCUUUGUAUAAAUCUUGCCAGUAACCAGUAUUUGUUGUGUGACAUUACAUGUGUUAAGCAUGUCUAAACUGAGAGGUGCUAUUGUGGGUGUUUCUCAUGUAUAUAUACAUAUAUUACCAUCGUUCUACGCCGCAUGCCAUGGCUACAGCUUUGCUAUUCUUAGUUUCUCACUGUCAUUUUGUAAGCGAGGAAAUGUGUUCUGGCAUUGAUUAUUGCAAUGUACUGUAACCCUUUUGUUGAUUAGGAAUUCUCAGUUAAAGACAGUACUGACUGCAUGUAUUUUUAUCUGUCAUAACAAUAUCAUUGCUAGUAAAUUGAAGAUAACUCAAUUUAUAACCUUCAGUAUUUCGUAAGAAGUCUGCUUAGAAGCCCUUUUACAAACUACAUGUAUAACUUGCGUAGAUGCUGGACAUAUGCCACCUGGACAUAAAGAAAAGAAGAAAAAAAUAUAUAAUGCAUCUAUUGUUUCAUAAGCAAAGCUGGAGUGUUCUCAUCUCUUUCCUUUCAGAACAUCACUCAAUAAUUUUUGCUUGCAGAUUUUGUGUAACAACAUUUUCGUUAAUAAAAUGUUCAAAUAUU